GUGCUUAGAUCCCGCAGAGGAGCGCUGCAACGCGUCAGCGAAUGGUUCGGAGCUCGGGUGCGUCCCCGGUUACGAGGGACCCCUUUGCGCCACUUGCGCCGACAGAUACCGCAGCCAGGGCCGGCGCUGCAAGAAGUGCGAGGAAGGCUACGAAGCGGCCCGGUGGCCCAUCGCGCUGGCUGCAGCAACAGCGGCGGCUGGAGGCUUCGCCUUUUUUGCCUGGUGGAGGAGCCGCACAGCAGAGGCUCCGGCGGCAACUCCAGCGACUCCCACACCGUACGCUGCUCUCUGGGCGCUGCUGUUGGCGCAAGGCCCCGUGCUGCUGCAAUUUCUUCAGCUCUGGGGCUUGCUCGUGGCCCUCAGCAAGAAGAGCACUGGGGAGACCACGUCACAGACCUGGGACCAGGAGUAUGUUCAGUGGCUGCAGCUGACAGCGGGCGGGCUCCGGGACGCUUUGAGCUUGGAAUGCGAGUACGGAAGGAACGCCCGCCUGGCUUGUGCUGUGCUGGGUCCCGUGCUGCCCUU